CACACAGCUCAGCUGAGAGGAAAAAAAGAGAGACGAUCUGAAGUCCAUCCUUUGUUCCACACUGGCUUCGACAAAAUUAACGGGACAUUUUUUUUCUGUUUGCUUCAGAGGCGUUAGGAAAUAUUAAUGACAUGGACUUACAGGAGGCUGUACAUAUGGAUCAGUGUGGGCCGUGCCUGAAGAGAAGGAGGCACGACAGCGAGCAAUCUGUCUCCAGUGGAACCAGCAGCUGUUCUUCUGCUUUGGAGUACACUGAUCUGGAGGCGGCUGAAGCUCUGGUGUGUAUGAGCUCCUGGGGUCAACCUGUGUUCCUCGGUGGCAGCGGCGGCGGCAGCAAGCUGAAUACCUGCAAGCCCCGGCCCCUCACUCCGGCUUCUGAUUCCUGCGACUCCCUCCUGCCGCUGGAGCUCCAGGAGUCCCCAAGGGACUUUGUGUCCCUCUCCUCUCUGUGUAUGACACCUCCCCACAGCCCCAGCUUUGUUGAGACCUCUUCAAGCGGCACGGUGCAGUCUUCCCCGACACCCACCGUGUCCACGGCAUUCUCUGGACCUGAGCUCCAUCAACCCAACCUGGCCCACACUCCUGAAAGGACCUUGUCCCUGCCUGCCCCGCCACACCCCUGCAGAGCCAUGGCGACCAGCGUCAUCAGGCACACUGCGGACAGAGACCUGCGCCAGCAGCGCCACAUUCCAGUCACCUCCAUAACACAGAAAACUGCGAGCACAGUGACUGCAACAGGAACAAUUGUGUGCAUGCAGCAGCAAGAGGAAUGCAUCACAAACACACCUCAGUCUCCUCCUGCAACACAGCACCCUGUCAAUCCCUCUAAACCUUCCUUGGACAUUGUCUCCACCUCCACAGUCAACACCCAACCACCAAACCCACCCACAGGCCCCCCACCCACUCUCUCUCCUACUUCAGUGACCAGUCCACAAAUCAUCUGCCAGAUGUUCCCCAUCUGCAGCCAAUCGGGAAUAAUCUCAGCGUUCAUCCCCAGUCCAGGUCAGACCUCCGGUACUGGAAUUCGGACUGCCACAACACCCAUCCUCCCCCACCCUGCGUCGGCCAACAGCCCCUCCCUCCAGCAACCCCUUAUUGUGGGCUCAGCAGUGCCACAGGCCACGGUAAUGUUGGUCCUCCCUCAUUCCUCGGUCUCCCAGGCCCCUCAGGGCCAACAGACUGUCAUGACCCUGGGCAACACCAAACUGCUACCUCUAGCCCCGGCCCCCAUGUACAUGCCGGCUGGGCCCUGCAGCAACACGGCAGCCACAAAAAUAGACUUUUCUCGCAGGAGAAACUAUAUCUGCAGCUUUACAGGUUGCAGAAAAACUUACUUCAAGAGCUCACACCUCAAGGCUCAUUUACGGACGCACACAGGUGAGAAACCAUUCAGCUGCAGCUGGGACGGUUGUGAUAAGAGGUUCGCCCGCUCUGAUGAGCUGUCCCGACAUCGGCGCACGCACACCGGCGAGAAGAAAUUUGUCUGUCCAGUGUGCGAUCGCCGAUUCAUGCGCAGCGACCACCUGACCAAACAUGCUCGCCGUCACAUGACCACAAAGAAGAUCCCCUCCUGGCAGGCGGAUGUCCGCAAUCUGAGUAAAAUGGCUGCAGACAAAACUCCUCCCUCUAAAGCUGCCAUUGGCACGCUGAGCAUGCUAGUACCUGCCAGCUCCAAAUAGACACUGAACAAAUGCCAUCUUUCUCAGUCUGUGCAUUUGGUAUGUAGAUGCUCUCAUUGGAAACAAGUAAUGAAAACCAAGUAAUAUUUUGAUUUCAAAGUAUUAAAUUGAAUCAUGAGCCAUUCUGCCUUUCUGAGGUCAAAAACAGCCGAGUUGACAAAUUAGUUUGAUAUACUCUCAUGUCUAAGAUAAAAAAAAAAUCACUUGACCCAUUUUUAUAUCCUAGUCCAGAAGGUACUGUUUGGUUUCCUCCUGUGUUUCUAGUCAGGUGAAGUAUUUUAUCAGAUUAGCAAAAAUAGGCCUAAUUAGGCAUAGCUCUGACCACUAGAUGGCAGAAAAGUGCUUCUAGGUAUGUGUGAAAUAUGCAUCAACUGGCAUUAGUGUGAUAGGAAGUGGUUUGAGGCCAAAUCGCAAAAGUAAUAUACAUGAAGUUAAGGUUUUCUUUUUUUUUUUUGUGCUCAAAUUUGUUACAAGUUAGCAUUAUUUCUCUCCUCUGAUAUUUGGUUCCACAUCUCACCAAAAUUGCUAAUCCAAAGAAACAUGAUUACAUGCUGAUACAUGUGUAAAACAUCUACUUCAAUAGGCUGACCCUUACCAUAUACCAUAUCCAGUGAUGUCACAGGAUGAGGCACAUACUCUGAAACACUCAACCCUUACGAUAAAUGGGCAGUGAUGUCACAGGGUGAAUUGUGGCAGAAUAUGAGAAAAAAUUCUUUCAGAUAGUUUUUGACAACAAAAUCAGAAAAAAUGGCUUUAUUUCAAUUGAAUAUUUUGUAUUUUAAAACACUUUUUUAAAAUUAUUGCUGGUUUCUGAUAAGAAAAUCAAUUUACCUAAAAAAACAAUAUGCAUGGACCUUUCUCACUCCUGAGACACCAGAGGGUCAAAGUGAGCAGCAAACAUGGCUGCUUGCGUUUUACCUUUAAAAGACUGAACAUGCACUGGACUCUUCCUUCUCUACUGCUCAUUUUGUACAUGGAUUUUCUCUAAAAGAUAUUUAGUUUACUUUUUUAUUAUUGAUAAUUUGUAUGCAUCCUUGCCAAAGCUUUUGUAUUGACUCAGUUGCUGACGUUUCAUUUUGUCCACCUCUCCUACAAGACAUUAUCUUUGUCAUAAUACUGAUGUCAGUGUGAAUGUAUUGAGUAUAAAAUGCAUUUUUUGUCUUAUUUGAGGGGUAAAAAGUGACAAAAAAGUGUACAUUUGAAAGCUAAUCACGAGUACUUUGAUUCUAUGUCAAAUAUAUCUGCCCACCUAACUUUUCAUAUUAUUUAAUAUCAUGUUUGUAAUUUAAAAAAAAACACUUAAAUGA